UUGCCGUGUGAGGCUUCUUUGUCUAGGAACGCAGGCAGAGUGUGUAAACUGUCUCCCCUUCCAGUGCCUCCCCUUCUGCCUGGGCCUGAAUGCCUGCCCAUCACAUUACUGGGGGAGGGUCAGCAGCCCUUCCUGGCUCCCUCUUUCCCCAUUAAUGAUUAGGCUGAGAUGCACAGCUCAGACAUGCUGAGGUGAGGCGUGAUAGGCUGCAGGGAGGCUCAUCCUGCAGCACAGCAUCAAUACAUUGCACCUGGCUCCCUGGAUGUGUGCCCCGGAUCUGCCUCCCCCGGAGUCUCCUUCACCCGCCUGGACCUCCGGAUUGAUUUGUCUUCAUAUGGCAAUGUCUUUACUCCGGCAGCUGUGGCAGCAGAAAGAUGUCGUCAUUACAUUUCUAUUGCCUUUGCUGUUGCUUCCUUUGCCCCUGAUAUCACAGACCAAGGAGGCGGCAUGUGCUUACACACUAAUAGUCACUGCAACUUACUGGAUUUCCGAGGCCAUUCCUCUAGGCGCUGCUGCUUUGGUCCCGGCUUUUCUGUUUCCACUUUUUGGCAUCAUGAAGUCAAGUGAGGUGGCAUCUGAAUACUUUAAAGACAUUCACCUUCUGCUCUUUGGAGUUGUCUGCUUGGCUUCCUCCAUCCAGAAGUGGAAUCUGCACAAACGCAUAGCACUUUGGAUGGUUCUGUCAGUAGGAAGUCAGCCCAGCUGGCUGUUGCUGGGAUUCAUGAGUUGCACUUCUCUGCUUUCUAUGUGGUUAAGUAACACAUCAACAGCAGCCAUGGUGAUGCCUAUAGUGGACGCUGUACUGCGUCAGCUUAACAGCGCUGCACCUGAGAAAAGAGCCUUAACUAACACCAAAGCAAGUACCCAGCAGAACAAUGAAGACACUACAAAGAUUGAUUUAACAUCCUUUCCAGAAAGCAAUAAUAUUUUGGAUAAUGGAAUUGUGACUGCAGAAGAAAACGAGGAGGAGCCAAGUUUUGAAAACAGACGACCCUUGAAUCAGAAUAAAUCUGGUCGCCUUUACCGGACUAAGCGUGAUCACAUGAUGUGCAAAGCCUUUUCGUUAGGUAUUGCUUAUUCAUCUACCAUUGGAGGAAUGGCCACACUAACUGGGACCUCCACAAACCUCAUAUUUAUUGAACAGUUUGAAACACGUUAUCCUGGGUGCCAGUUUGUGAAUUUUGGAUCCUGGAUCGCCUUUUCUUUUCCCAUUGCCUUUAUCAUCUUAAUUUUUUCGUGGAUGUGGAUCAACUGGCUUUUCUUAGGCUUCAACUUAAAGGAGAUGCAGUGCUGUAGAAAAUCAAAGUCACCUACUGAUGAAGAUUCUAGGAGUAUUUUGCAACAAGAGUACGACAAGUUGGGACCUCUGAGCUACCAAGAGGUCGUGACGCUCACCAUCUUCUUACUUAUGGCUUUGUCAUGGUUUACCCGGGAUCCUGGAUUUAUCCCAGGUUGGGAUUCACUGUUUGGACUGAAAGGAUACAAAUCUGACGCUACCUCAGCUAUUUUAUUUGGCUUUUUAUUAUUUAUUCUUCCUGGAAGGAAGCCCAGAUGGCUGUGCUGCAAGUCAAAGGAAAAGUCAAACACUCCCACUGUGACUGAAUGUACGCCGAUGAUUACGUGGAAGGAAUUUGAAGAAUGUAUACCGUGGCAUAUUGUCAUUUUGGUUGGAGGUGGUUUUGCUCUCGCUAAAGGUUGUCAAGUGUCUGGGCUUUCUACAUGGGUGGGACAUAAAAUGGAACCACUGAAUAGUCUGCCAGUCUGGAUCAUUGUGCUAGUUGUCUGUUUAAUGGUAACAACUGUGACCGAAGUGGCCAGCAAUCCAGCCACCAUCACAAUAUUUCAGCCAAUUCUUUCUUCGCUGGCUGAAGGUAUUGGCGUAAACCCACUGCUUGUUAUCAUCCCUGCCACUAUAAGUGCCUCCUGUGCUUUCCUUUUGCCUGUUGCUAAUCCUCCAAAUGCAAUUGUUUUCUCUUAUGGACACCUGACUGUACCAGACAUGAUAAAAGCAGGACUGGGCACAAACCUGAUCAGCAUGUUGGCUCUGUGGUUUGGACUCUACACAUGGGGAAUACCUAUGUUUGAUCUGAACAGAUUCCCGGAAUGGGCAUUGCAUAAAAACGCAUCUUCCAUAGCAGCGCCAUGAGACGUUCUUCUAUCUGUGUCUCUUGCGAAGAAUGAAUGGUUUGUCCGGAGGAAGGGAAUUCGGCAAUAUAAUAUUUCAGCUGACAAGCCAUGUGGAUAAAUUGUUUUAUGACAUAGAUUUUUUUUUUUUACAUCAGGCAUUUGCCUUGCUGCUAAAGAUGUAACAUAUUAAACCUUUCAUCUAAAAGGGAAAAACAUUUGUGCGUGUUUAGCCCCACUAAUACAGCAAGGGUUAAUUUAAAGUGUUUUUACACUAGAAACCCUAUUCAUUGCCAUAGGUGCAUUUUCUUUCUGUUAAGACUCUUUUUGUAGCAGCUAAUGAAAGAGUUAACUUUCCUGAUGCAGUUUUGAUUAUGUUGAACAUGUUCGAAUGAAAAACUCUAUGCUUGUUAACCUGACUCCUCCUCCUUCAUCUCACACAGCUUUGCAGUGCUGGCUUCGCUGGUAGCUGUGCAUUUUGUUUCCCCUAUAGCAGGAAAAACGGUUAAAUGGUUAAGUUUAUUGCAUAUCUUCCAGUCCCCUUUAAUUACUGAUAUUUAAAAUAUACUUGCUGCAGACUCGAGUCUUCAAAACGAUUGUGCUUCUGUGUACAUUUUGCCUUGGGGGAGAGAGACUAAAGCCUUGUGCUGUGUCUCCCUUAGGGUUGCCAUCUCGGCCAUGUUUUCCUGGGCACUUAUUAGUUACACAUGCUGCAGGGUGUGCAGAGGGGAUCAUUAAUUGCACCCCUGGACAGCAUUAUUCAUGCUCUAUCUGAAUCAUGCAUUAUUUUAAGACACUUUUAAAUUCACUCCCUGCACACCCUGCAGCAUGUGUAACUGAUAAGUAUCCAGGAAAACAUGCUGCACACCCUGCAGCAUGUGUAACUCAUAAGUAUCCAGGAAAACAUGCUGCACACCCUGCAGCAUGUGUAACUCAUAAGUAUCCAGGAAAACAUGGCUGAGGUGGCAACCCUAGUCUCCCUCCCCCGAAGCAACAAGCACUAAAGAACUCUCCCUCAUUGAUGAUAAUGGCAAAGGUGAUAGAAACUUUGAUUGGCUGUAUAGCAUAAAACAUGGUCUCAAUAUAUACUAUUGAGUUUGCUCUCAUUGAAGAUCAUGGCUCAGGCAACACAGCAUCUGCAGCCAACUUUAAAGGAAUAGGAAAGUAAAAACUAAACGUGCGUGAUUCAGAUAGAUCAUGUUAUUUUAAAACACUUUUAAAUUCACUUCUAUUUUCAAAUGUGCUUCAUUCUCUUGGUAUCCAUUGUUAAUAAAAAUGCACAUAUCCUACACUAGAGGGAGCUAACUGGUGAUUGGCACAUUUAUCUCUUAUGAUUGACUGACUAAAUGUGUUCAACUAGCACUCAGUAAUGCAUUGCUUCAACUUCAGCAAAGGAUAUCAAGGGAAUGAAGCAGAUUUAAUAGAAGUAAAUUGGAAAAUUGGUUUUUAAAUUGUAGGUUCUAUCCGAAUCCUGAAAUAAAAAAAUUGUGUUUCAUUUGUUUUUAAGUAAAAAUAAAAAACUGUAUUAGUGACAUCUAGAUGCUGCAGAAAUAGAAUGUAUAUCAUAAGUGACUUCAUUUAUAACUCAAUAGGAACUGGAAGUCAUACAGUACACUUAACACAUGUGCCAGGAAAACGGGGAAACUACUGAGAAUUACAAUACUCCUUUUUUUAAGACGUGGAGCAUGAUAAACCUGGAAUUGUUACCCUUAUAUUAAGUGCUUUAUGCUCUUGUAGAACUGGAUUCAAUAGUAUCCUGUGAUAUGCAGCCAAACACUCCAAAAAUCACUCAACAUUUUUUUAAUUUCUGGCAUGUGCUGGACAGUGUCUUGUUUGCACAGUAGAAUAUAUUAAAUGCAACAUCACAGGUAUAUUGCACACAAUGCUUAUUUGGGGGGGAGGAUUGGGGUUUGUACUUUGUUAUCUAAAUAACAUGGAGAGCUGAUAUGCUCACUCCUAAUGUUUAAUAACUUUGAAUAAAAAAAAUGCAUUGAUUGUAUUUUUACUAUAUUGCAA